AUCGCAGUUGCCUGUAAUGAGCCACCAAUGCCAGUUUUGUCUGUACUUAGAAUUGUUUGUUUGUUUUUUUUAUCAUUUCCCAUAUGAUAUACAGCCUGUUAGAGAUUCUACACAUAUUAAUGUAUUAGUGAUUCAGUUCCUCAUUUCUUUGUAGGUUAUUGGCCUUCUAUAGCAGCCACUAUAGGCAAGCCAUUACCAUAGGUUCUCUUGUGACACAAAUACUAUAUAUAGGUACUGGUAUCUGUUGUGAAUAAUCGACACGACACGAGCCACCAUACAUGCCUAUGCAGAUGCCUGACCAGGAAAAUACAUCUCUGUCGACACAGACUCCUAUAUCUAUGCAGAUACCUACAUUUGGGUCACCCACUUUGCCCUCUUCAGGGCCUGCCCCUAUGCCCACCCUAGAAAUUGCCUGUAUACCCACUCAAGGGCCCGCCAUUCUGCCAGUGCAGGGGCCCGAUUCAUUGUCAACACAGCUGCCUGCAUCUGUACCCAUGCAGGUUCCUGUAUCUAAAGUGACUCAAGUGCCAACAUUCAUGUCCUUGCAGACACAAACAAAUGUGGCCACGCAGAUAUUCAAAUCUGUGCUAGAGCAGGUAUCUGGUCAGUUAACUACAAAUCUUCUUACUCAGACACCGCCAUCUCUCCCCAUGCCUUUGCCUUAUCAGGUAACUACAUCAACAACUACAGAGGAACCUACAUCCUUGAAGAUGCCUGCAGAAGUGCCUACAUCUGGGAAUGUGGAAACAUUAAUGCAGGUCCCUGUACCCUCUCACAAACCUUACUCUGUGCCCCAUCAGGUCUCUACCUCUGUGCCACCAUCUUGUCAGGAAAGCAUGUCUAUUAUUGUGGAGCCAGUUACUUCUCUUCACUUGCAAGUACCUGCUGAGGAGCCUACAUCUAGGAACAUGUAUGUACCCUCGCAGGUCCCUGUGCCUUCACAGGCCGACAACAUUGUAAUCACACAGGAACCUACAUCUGUGCACUUGCAAGAAUCUACGUAUGGGUCCACAGAAGCACCUGUUCUGAUGGCUACAUCUUCGCCUGUGCAAAUGUCUAAAUCUGUGCAGGUAACCGAGCCUACACCUGUUGUGACACAGCAGCCUAUAUCUGUGCAUGUACAGACGGCGAAAUCACAAAACUGUAUGCAAAAACCAUUAGGAGUUACACAGAUGCCAGUGCGCCUUCAGUCAGUACCUCCAGUGGUUACGCAGCCGUAUCCUCAAGCCACAACUGGCAGUAUGGGUAACGUACAGAACACUUUCCCUGGGACUAGCUGGAAGCAGAAGCCAUAUGUUCCUGUUUCAUGGACUACUGACUUUUUUAAUUGUUUUGCUGAUCUUAAGACAUGCUUGCUGGGGACAGUCUGUCCGUGUAUAAUGCCCUGCUACCUCUCUAAACUCUUUAAUGAGACUUGCUUUCUUGGAUUCUUACCGGGGGCCAUGUGUUCUAUGCGAACUGGAAUACGUGAGCGCCACAAAAUUCAAGGUUCCCUCCUGCAAGAUUACGGUGCCAUCUGCUGCUGCCCUCUUUGUGCAACCUGCCAAGUGGCUCGGGAGAUAAAAAACCGCAAAAGGUUACCCUCUGGAAACCCCACGCCAAAUUAUUACGCCCAUUUUUACCCAUAUCAACAAAGCCACUGGGGAUAACCAUAAGAUCUGCUGUCUUCUAUCUAGCUUUAUUUUACAAAUAUUUAUGUAUUUUUAAAUAAUUAAAUAGAUUUAUAAUAAAAUAUAAAAACCGUUUAACUAAUGAAAUGGCAAGAUUAUUUUAAAUGGUUGUAUCUCUUGUUCUCUGAACAAAUAAAUUUAUAAGCUCUUUGUGAGCCCUAA